AUGCUGGCGUCUGGUAGAGAGCCUGAGCUGUUGACAUACGGGCUCAAUAAAGCUAUUGAAUGCGAUUAUCUCGAUCUGGCCACACAACUCCACACCGCAGGUGCCAAGUGGGACACACGCACAGUACACUACGCAUCAGACUCCCACGAAGGGGUGAAGUGGUUGUUAGAGUGGGGGUACGACGUCAAUACCAGCAUCGCCUACGGCGCUGUGCUGCUCCCAUUAGUUGUCAAGCGUAACGACGAACCGAGCAUUCGAUUGCUCUUAAAACUAGGAGCGAACCCCAACCUCGGGCCAUCGAACAAGACAACAGCGCCAGCUAUGAACAUGCGUCCCAUAUCCAACUGUGGCCACACACUCAACGAAGCAGCCGCACAUUGUAGCCCAGAAAUAUUCGCUCUUUUGCUCGCUCACGGUGCUGUGCUAUCCAACUCCGCACCGCUCCACCAUGCAGCGGGCAGUAAAAGCGAGAACAGAAUUCCGAUGCUUGAGUACCUAGUUGGAGAGCUAGGCCUCGAUAUCCACGGUAUGGACAGUGGACCACCUAUUCCGGACGAGUGUUGCGGACGCGAAGGAACACCACUGCACUGUGCUCUCCACUGGAAGCGAUACGAAACGGCUAAAUGGCUACUGGAGCAUGGCGCCGACCCUGAUAAAGGUUGCAGCUUGUACGGAAUGUCAGCAAGAAUAUGGAUUAACCACCUCCCUGAUGAGAACGAACUUGUGACCCUGCUUCGAAAGUAUCGAAAGAACGCGGGGGCCAUCGCUCGCUUCUGA